AUGCUCGAGGACUCAGAACUAAAACUACUGUACAACGUGUACAGGACAGACCGAGACUGUGAGAGACUAGGGGUGACGCGGGGAGGUGGCACGUUGAUAGCGGUGCGCCGCGAGCUACGUGCUGACACGCGCGGCGCGCGCCCUGUCGUGGCGCUCCCGGACGCCGAUGAAACAACAGUUAGGAAACAAGAUGGAAGAUACCAGGUGCGGCUCCCCAUGAAACCAAAUUUCGAGAACAACCUCGGAUUGUCUAAACAAAAAGCCAUAGCUCAAUUUAGAAAUCUAGAACAAAAGUUUGAGAAACAACCAAAAUUAGCAUCGGAUUAUAAAACAUUUAUGAAUGAAUACGCUGAGCUGCAACAUAUGAUGCCAGCUGACGGUAACAAGACUCUGGAAUGUUACUUAGGACAUCAUGGAAUUGAGCGCGUCGAGUCAUCAACUACACGCUAUAGAGUCGUAUUUAAUGCGUCAGCGAAAACUUCUACAGGAUAUUCCCUCAACGACCUAAUGUACAAAGGUCCCAACUUACAACAAGACUUACAAUUUUUAUUACUCAGAUGGAGACAGUAUAGAUAUGCGUUCACCGCCGACAUAGAAAAAAUGUACCGGCAGAUUUUGAUUCAUGAGGACGACGCAUGUUUACAAAGGAUAAUCUGGAGGGAAUCCACUAAACAACCCCUACAAACAUUUGAACUUAAAACAAUUACAUAUGGGAUGAAAGCGGGCCCGUUUCUUGCAAUGAUGACGCUAAAGAAGCUGGCGGAGGACGAACGAGACAACUUUCCAGAAGCCUCCAGAAUCUUAGAACAAUCCUUCUAUAUGGACGAGUUAGUCCACGGAGUACACUCUAUAGAACAAGGGAAGAACGUUAUUAAAGACCUUGACCAGUUAUUGAAAACUGGAGGGUUCAACCUACGCAAGUGGUCAGCCAACAGUACAGAGUUAUUAACAGAUAUGACCAGCCAACAAAACAUCGUUAUUUUUAAUUUUAAAUCAGAUGUCGUUCCCAAAACUCUAGAGAUAUGCUGGAAUCCCACAAAGGACACUUUUACCUUCCGAUAUGAGACGACACAACACAACAAAAUAACAAAGAGGAUCCUUUUGUCAGAAAUUUCGAAAGUAUUCGACCCAUUGGGGUGGGUAGCGCCAGUAGUAACAAAAAUGAAAUUACUUUUCCAAAGUGUGUGGAAAUCAAAAAUGGAAUGGAACUCCGAAGUGCCAGAAGACAUUUAUAAAAAAUGGAACAAAGUGCAAACAGACCUCAACAAGCUUAAUGAAUAUGAGAUUCCGAGAUGGCUGAAUAGCCGCGAACAUGACGUCAUCGAGCCACAUGGAUUCUGCGAUGCAUCUCUAGCCGCAUACGCAGGUGUCAUAUAUGCACGCGUCAAGAACCAGGAGAAGGUAGUGCUCGUGGCAGCCAAAACAAAGCUAGUACCAUUGAAAUCAAAAAUAACAUUACCGAAACUUGAAUUGAGUAGUGCGCAGUUACUAGCGAAACUUAUGACUAAAGUUAAACGAGCCUUUGAAAAUCGUGAGAUCAAUACCCACGGAUGGACAGACUCAAAGCUGGCGUUAGGAUGGCUUCAAGGAGAACCAAAUCGCUGGAAACCCUUCGUGGCAAACAGAGUCAAACAGAUCACGGAAAUCAUGCCCACGAAACAAUGGCAUUACAUAAACACAAAGGAGAAUCCAGCUGACGCAGCAAAACAAAGCUAG